UCCAAAUCAUCCACCCAACCAUUUCUCCUCGACUACGCCGUCAUGCCCUUCGUCUCCACCCUCUCCAUUGCCCUCCCCUUCUCCUUCUCUCGCUCAAUCCCUAGAUUCCCUUUCAAAGCCUCCAUCUUUUCCCCCAAAUCCCCCAAUUUCUCCUCCCCAUCCUCCCCUCUUCGCCCCAUGAACCUCUUCAAAUCCCUAGGAAUCCCCUUCGGCUUCAGCACUGCUGGUGUCUCCUCCGACCCUGCGGGCGCCGCCAUCGCUCAGGGCCCCGAUGAUGACACCCCAGCGCCUGGGCAGCAGUUCGCGCAGUUCGGCGCCGGGUGCUUCUGGGGCGUUGAGCUCUCGUUUCAGAGAGUACCCGGAGUGACGAAGACCGAGGUCGGGUAUUCUCAGGGGACUGUGCACCAGCCGACGUAUGAGGAUGUGUGUACAGGGACUACGAAUCACUCGGAGAUCGUCCGUGUUCAGUAUGAUCCUGGGCAGUGUGCCUACGAGGAUUUGCUCGAAGCAUUCUGGGCUCGCCAUGAUCCGACCACGCUUAAUCGCCAGGGCAAUGACGUUGGAACUCAAUACAGGUCUGGCAUAUAUUUCUACACACCUGAGCAAGAGACAGCUGCAAGGGAGUCCUUGGAGAACCACCAGAAGCUCCUGAACAGGAAGAUUGUCACAGAGAUCCUCCCAGCAAAGAAAUUCUACAAAGCCGAGGAAUACCAUCAGCAAUACCUAGAGAAAGGCGGCCGCUUCGGUUUCAAACAAUCUGCUGCCAAAGGUUGCAAUGAUCCUAUCCGUUGUUACGGUUAACGCACUCUAAUAUUACUAUCAAUCAUUGAUUACGCACUCUAAUAUUACUAUCAAUCAUUGAUUAUAUCGACUGCCCUAAGAGUAAUCCUUUCUUGUAAGUAUAUAAACAUUAUUGAGCCUUUUCUUUGUAUAGUAGUAUCUCUGCACAUGCUCAUCUGAGCAGCAUAUUACUAUUUUAUGUUUUUCUGGUAUUGUUUAUAUGGCAUCAAACAAAGAUCAGAAGUUUAGUAUUUAAUCUGUCUAUUGUUCUCUGUA